AUGUCGGACUUCAAAGCGCUGUGCAAGCGGCGUCUGCUGGAGGAGAUGAUUCGCCAGUCGACUCGAGGGAAAAAUUACAUCGUGAUGCUCGUUGACGAUCGGAGCUUGCGCAUUCUCUCAGCCUGCUGCAAUGUCUACGACGUCCUCGAGGAAGGCGUCACAGUUAUCGAGCCCGUCUCGAAGCGGCGACAGCCGCUGCCUGAGCUCGAUGCUCUCUACUUUGUUUCGCCUGAUGCGGGUUCCAUCGACGCGAUUCUCCGCGACUUCGAGAGCGAAAAGAAUCCUCAGUACAGCCGCAUUCAGAUCUACUUUACCUCUGCGCUCCCUGCAGGCGGCUCGGUGCUGCGGAAGUUCGCAGAGUGCCCACGCAUUCUCCCGCGGAUUCGCACCUUCGUCGAAUUCAACCUCGACUUUGUUGCUCAAGAGCAGAGGAUUUUUCACUUUGAUCGCCCGACGGACUUCGUCGAGCUCUUCCAGGAGCCGCGCGCGGAGCGCCUGGACGAAAUCGCCUCGCAGCUUUUCACGGUGUGCGCGACGCUGGGCGAGAAGCCGGCGAUUCGGUUUCAGAAGAGUCUCCGCGGCGUGGCGCGGAGCGUCGCCGCUGCGCUGCACGAGAAGAUCAGAUCUGCGGAAUACAAGACUACGGACUCUGUAAACUCAACGAUUCUUAUUCUCGAUCGAUCCAUCGACUUGGCUACGCUCUUUGUUCACGAAUACACCUAUCAAGCUGUCGUCUACGAUCUUCUCAACAUCGCGACGAGUGUGCCGCUGAAGCCGCUGGCGACGGAUCAACAGGAGGAUGAGGAACUCGUUCUCAAAGAAGAUACUUUCCAGUACGAGAUCGUGAGCAACCUUGGCAAACGCGAAAAGAAACGCGCGGUGCUUGGCGAACAAGACGAGCUCUGGGUCGCCUUCCGCCACAAGCACAUUCAGAUCGUGAACCAGGAGGUUCAGGAAGAAAUUCAAAAAUUCAUCAAAGAAAACGCCACCGCCCAAAUCCAGAAAAACGAGGGACAGGGAGCGACGCUGCAGGCGAUCCGCGCUCUCCCGCAGUACCAAGAAAUGCUUGCGAAGUACUGGAGCCACGUGUCGCUGACGGAGAAGUGCUUCGACCAGCUGCAGGAACGGAAUCUGAUGCAAGUCGGGUUGCUUGAGCAGGACCUCUGCUGCGGAGUGGACAAGGACGGUAGGGAAGUGAGCGCCUCGAAGCUCCUGGCCUCUCUCUCGAAUCACCUUUCCGACCCGGCGACGAGAGUUGAUGACAAACUCCGCCUCCUUCUCCUGUACUUCACGCACAUGAGAGGGGUAUCGCCCAGCGACCAAACGCGACUUAUCGAGGCAGCACAACUGAGCUUAACGAGCGAGCAGACGCUUCGCAAGUUUCUGAAGCUCGAGCUUCUGCAGCAGGACUUCGACGAUGAUGCAGGACAGCGACUGGCUCAUCGCAUGGAAGGCGAUCGCGAGCGCGUCAAGUACUUCAAGCGCCGCGCGAAGGCGGCUGCCUACGAGCUCUCGCGCUUCGAGCCUUUUAUCAGAGUCCUCAUGGAGAAAGCGUUGGCGGGCGACCUGCACGGCGGCAACUACCCUUUCGUCGAGGAAGCGCGAGCACCCUCGAGAAGCCAGACGUCACGGAAGUCUUCAGGGACAGAGCAAACAAUCGGGCGCGCGACGGAGUGGGACUGGAGCUCCACGUGGAAGUCUUCUCCGCGGGCGUCGACUCCGCCGGGGCAGGAUCGCCCGCGGGACCGCCUAAUUGUUUUUGUCAUCGGCGGUAUCACGCACGCUGAGAUGCGCUGCGCCUACGAGGCCUCCAGAGAGCUUGGCGCUGACGUCAUUCUCGGCGGAACGAGCAUUCUCACGCCUCCCCACGUUUUGCAGCUCCUAAAGGACGCAGGCUCCGACAAGCCUGGAGACCGCAGAUCCUAA